AUGGCGGAUCUUUUCCCCGAAUUCGCCGCGGAGUACCGCGCGGCGGGGGCGGCGAACGUGAUUCCCGUGGAGACCCUCUCCGUCGACGCCGGGGUGGUGGCGGCGUGGGCCUGUGGGUGCUGCGGGGAGGUCUGGCGCUGCGCCGUUUUCGUGCGCUGCAUCUGCAAAACGGAAUGCCCCUCCUGCACGGCACGGCACCACCCCACCCUCACGGAGUCCCAUCCCGAGUUGAUUCCUUUUUGGGACCCCAUCCGGAACGAUCCUUUUCUCACCCCGGAGAGGGUGGAGGGGCGGAGCGGGGCCCGAGCUCACUGGCGCUGCCCCUCCUGCGGGACCACCUACACUGCGCGAAUUCGCGAUCGCGUGCGGGGGAAGGCGGAAUGCCCUUCUUGCACCCUCUCGCACGCCCAGUCCGCCGAUCUCCUCGCCCGCGAGGAGGACGUUCUCCGACAGGAGUGGCAUCCACUGAAAAACGGCGAUCUCCGCCUCGAUCAGGUGCAGAUGCGGGAUCAGCGGCGGUUGGUGUGGUGGUUGUGCACGCUUUGCGGGAAUGAAUGGGAGGCCACUCUCAACGCCCGACUCUCGCGCACCGGACGAACCAAAGGAAAGGUUUGUCCGUCCUGCAAAGGCCGGGGAGUGGAUUUAUCCUGA